AUGAAUGACAUCAAGCUGGCCCUGCUGGGAAGCGAGGGAGCCGGUAAAUCAGCGGUUUUGGUGAGAUUCCUCACAAAGAGAUUCAUAGGGGAAUAUGCCUCUGAUACCAACUCCUUAUACCGUAAAAGGCUUUCCAUCGAUGGAAGACAGUUGAACUUGGAAGUCUUUGAUCCGUGUUCACAGAGCAGAGGGAGCAGAUGUAUCCUGGAGGAGCCGGUGGAGUGGGCUGAUGGCUUUGUGGUGGUGUACACCAUCAGCGACCGCAUGUCCUUCCUCAACGCCAAAAACAUCCUGCACCAGAUCAAAGAGAGCCGCAGAGAGACCUGCAAGGGAGAGGUGGACAUACCCAUUUGCCUUGUGGGGAACAAGCAAGACCUGUGCCACAGUCGUCAGGUGAGUGAGGAGGAAGGUCGCUGUUUGGCCAUUGAGAACAAAUGUCUCUUCCAGGAGGUUUCUGCUGCAGAAAACUACUUGGAGAUUUCCAACCUAUUUACGAAACUCAUUCGCCAUGUGAUGGACUAUGUGAAGUACAGGGCGGACCGAAGGCGAUACAGCGGUUCCAAGUCCAUGGCUAAGCUCAUCAACAAUGUCUUUGGUAAGAGGAGGAAGUCCGUUUGA